AUGGCGCCGGGGGCCUCGAACGCGCUCGCGGGCGCGUUCGAUAAGCAGGAAGAGCGCCAGGCGAUCGGGAACGUCUUGGGCGGCGCGGGCGAGGAGCGAAGCGAGCCGUCGUUCGUGAACUACGCGAACUACGCCCAGGCCGCGGGCGGACCCGGCGCGCUGCUCGGCGACGCGUCGGCGUCCGCCGCCAACACGACGACGUCCGGAAAGACCAUCCCGGCGCCCAACGUCCCGGUCGGGACAACAAAAAAUAACGCCACCUCCGCGACCGUUACCCGCACCACAAACGCGUGGGUCUCCGCGCCGCCGCCGCCGCCGUUCGGCGGCUUGCGCGGAGGGUUAUCGCGCGCGGUGGCGACGGCGACGGCGACGGCGGCGGCGGGCGGCGGGGACCCGUCGACGCCGCCGGGGGCCCGUCCGGGGAGCGCGCGGCACGCGCGACGCGCGAGCGCGGACGGGUCCCCGAACGGCGGCGGCGCGGCGGACGAGCUCGCGAGCCAGCUCGCCGGCGUCUCCGUCGCGGAAGGCGGCGGCGGCGGCGGCGGCGGGUCCCCGAGCGGGCAAGCCGACCUAGGGUCGCCGCCGACGCACGUCGGUAUGGCGGCGCCGCCGAUGCCCGCGGGCGCGCCGCCUUUACCGUGGGGCCCGCGCGGCGGCGGCGGUCCCGGCGGUCCCGGCGGUCCCGGCGCGCAGCAGUUCGUCCCGCCCGCGCCGAACGGCGCGUGGGGCCCCGGCCCCGGGUCGCCGAACUCGGCGCAACAGCAACAGCAACAACAGAUGCAAGCCGCCAUCCUCGCCGCGCAGGCGGGGUACCACCCGGACGCGGCGCAGUACGGCGCGCCGCACCCCGCCGACGCGUACGGCGGGCAUCACCCGGGCGCUUGGAACGUGAGUGGUCAGCACGGCGGCGCGCCGCAUCCCGGCGACCCCGGGGGCCCGCACGCGGGGAUGCAUCCGGGGAUGGACCCGCGGCAACAGCAGGCGAUCGCGAUGCAGCAGCAGGUGCUUCUCUACACUGGUCCCCAUACGACCGCGUCGGCGUGGUGA